UUUGUUUACGGAUAAACCGCAUAGUCUAUCUAUUUUAGGCCUCUAUGUUUUUUUGUCUUGUGACAUUUUGAUUAAAAUUGUGCAAUGAAAUUAAUAUAAAAGUUGUUAUUUGUCAAGUUUAGUAAUUUGUAACAUGGGUUGCAUUUGUUGUAAAGAAAAUAAUUCAUCUGCUCAAAAGAGUUUAAAUGAUGAUGAACACGAUAGGUUACUUGAUCAUGAUCAGUUAACUCCAAAUAGAGGAAUAAAUGAAGAUGGUAACCCUUCAUCUAUACCAUCAUUAUCUAAAACAGAUGAACAAUCCAUACUGAGUAGGAUUUUACAUAAAACAGCACAAAAUAUUAUAGAUGUCUCUGCUAUUGAACCUCACAGUAUUGAAAGAUCUGAGUACAUGGAGCAGAUGAAAAAUUAUCUAGAUAAAUAUUCACGCAUUGAUCUAAAGUUACCAAAACUACCAUCAAUACCUUCUGUAACAAAUAAUCCAGUUUCUGUUUUGGUGGUUGAAACAGUUCCAUUUUCAGAUAUUAAACUUAUAACUGAGUAUAGUCAGAGCAUGUCGACUGCUCUCUCUCAGAUGAAAAUUGGUUGCAAAGAAUCUUUAGUUGCGAAACUUGAAGAUGACACUGCAGCAGCUCUGUAGUUAAUAGACGACUCUUUUUUAAAAAUUUAAAAUUAUUUCUUUUGUUGUAAUAAAUUUAUAAAUAAAUUUUGCAUAAAUAUCCUAACUAAAUUUAGAACCUUUUUUAUUUAUUAAAAUUAUAUUAACAAUAUCCUGCUUAUAUACAAAUCUAGUUUUUCAUUCACUUGAUUUCUAUGUCAUAAAAGUAACUAAUCAACUUUUCAAAUCAAAACUUUAUUGUUCUUGAUUUUUUUUUUUAAAGAUUAUUUUAAAAAAGUUUGAUUUUUUUUAUAUUUUGUAACUUUGUAAUAUGUUUUCCAAGUUGUGAGCGUGUGACACUGAUAGAGUUUAUAUUUGACUAGGUGACUUUGUUAUAGCCGUUCUUUAAUAAAUGAAAAAGAAUGUUUUAAAAACGAUAAA